AUGGCAUCAUCCUCGUCGAACGUAGUGGGCGUCCACUACCGAGUGGGAAAGAAGAUUGGUGAAGGUUCCUUUGGUGUGAUCUUUGAGGGCACGAAUCUAUUGAAUAACCAGCAGGUUGCUAUCAAGUUUGAGCCGCGGAAAAGUGAUGCACCGCAGCUUCGCGAUGAGUACCGCACGUACAAGAUCCUUGUCGGAUGUCCCGGUAUUCCCAAUGUUUACUACUUCGGACAGGAAGGUCUGCACAACAUCCUGGUCAUCGACUUGCUCGGUCCCAGUCUGGAGGAUCUUUUUGACCACUGCAACCGUCGGUUCUCGAUCAAGACCGUGGUGAUGGUCGCCAAGCAGAUGCUGUCGCGCGUCCAGACCAUCCACGAGAAGAAUCUCAUCUACAGAGAUAUCAAACCCGACAACUUCCUCAUUGGUCGUCCCGGCACGAAAGCUGCAAACGUCAUCCAUGUCGUUGACUUUGGUAUGGCCAAGCAAUACAGAGACCCGAAGACAAAGCAGCACAUUCCCUAUCGGGAACGAAAGUCGCUGUCGGGUACGGCGCGUUACAUGAGUAUCAAUACCCACUUGGGACGAGAACAGUCACGACGUGAUGACCUGGAGGCCUUGGGACACGUUUUCAUGUAUUUCCUCAGAGGUGGUCUGCCUUGGCAGGGACUGAAGGCGGCUACGAACAAGCAGAAGUACGAGAAGAUCGGUGAGAAGAAACAGACGACUGCCAUCAAAGAUCUAUGCGAUGGAUUUCCAGAAGAGUUCAGCAAGUACCUGAGCUACGUCCGGAACCUCGGCUUCGAGGACACUCCCGACUACGACUACCUGCGCGACUUGUUCACUCAAGCUCUGAAGAACACUGGGGAAGUCGAAGACGGAGAGUACGACUGGAUGAAGCUGAACAACGGACGAGGAUGGGAAUACAAGUCCUACUCCUCUCAGCACCAUCUUCAUGGCACCCAUGCUCAGAACUCGUCUGCUCGAGAGCUGCACGGAAGCCGAAACCAGAGACAAGCAGUUACUGCCGACCGUUUAAACGCCGCGCAGCCCCCGCCCCCGUCUCCAGCAAAACCCGGAGCCGGGAAGACGCGAGAGCGGCCAAGCGCCCCAGGCGGGCCGCAAGCCAAACGUCAGAGCGGACAGGCGGGGGUUAUCGACGCAAACACACCAGCAGCCUCGACCCAGGCUCAGUUUCAGAACUCCAACGGGAACAUUCCUCGCCUAUCGAGCCCCGGGAAUGGAGCGCUGAACAAUCAGCAGGCUCAGGGCACGCAGGGGAACAAUGAGCCCCAGCCCACUUUUGUCCAGAAGAUCAUGAAGGCGCUCUGCUGUGGUAGGUGA